AGCCGUCGACGAUCGCUCAUCUCGCAGUGACGCGUCACAAGUCCACACGCGCGUUUGUCGUGCAGCGCAAGUUUAGCCGCGUGCGGUUGCUCUUGAAUAAUCGCUGUUGAAACCUUCACACAUCCACAACCACCUCUAGUUACAAAAUGUGACCACAAUACCUCCAAAAACUCCACCCGAAAGUUUCCAAAGUCGCCCCAUCCCAACCUCCGAACUGACUCCCCACUUUCCACCUACAAAACUAAAAGUGAUCAGUACCCACUCCACGGAUUGGACUAAAUCAUCAACUUUUGACCUCAGCGCAUCAUCAGCGUAAUCAUCGUCAACAUGAACUGAGAUGCUGUGAUGAUGCCGAUGCCUCCAUUACUCAGCCCAGCCAAAAACAGCAACUUGCCAGAGUGAACAAGAGCGCACAUUAUCAUACACUCCAGAUUUGAAAUGCAAAUGCCCGCCAAACAUUCUGGAUCCAAGUUUACAAAUUUCGGUGGUCACCGCAUGCUGAUGGAGGAAUGAUUUCAACAAUUACUCAAUAUCAAAGGGGCUUGCGGAUAAUUGUAAUAAUUUCUAGAACGACUUGAUCAUCAUAUCAAUUUCUUAAACGAUUGUGAUACACCAAUUGAGGGAUUCAAUAUUGAAAUAUGUGGAGUAUAGAAUUACAUUGAAACUCAAUGACUGUCAUGGGUAAAACGAAAUUCUCUAGAAAAUUAUUAGAAAUGUAUCACAAAAGUCGGUGGUCGAGAUAUAAAUUACCACUGCUCAAGUAUUACAACUUGCAAGUGAUUUGAGAUGGAGAGAUCCUACCAAUGAGGGCCUAGUAACACUCUGUAGGGAAAGGAACGUUCAUAAUGAAGAGUAUUCGAUUCAGAAAUUCCUACUCACUUCCAUCAGUAGUUAUCUGAUAGGAUGAAAAAUGAACUAUUAUAAUGGAACCGUUUAUUUCAUAGAAGGAUUCUCAAAUAAAUUUUCCCCUUUAUAUCAUUUCGAUAGAUUCGCCAUUGAAAAUACAUCAGCUUGAACAUCUAAUGGUGGGAUAGUGUAGACAAUUGAAUUCAAUCUAUCCCAGAAUCAGUCUGAAACAUUCGGAUGAGUUGACGAAUUAAGUAAGAAGUGCAUCUAGAUCUUACCAGUAACCUGAAUCUAUCCCAAUCACUUGGAUGUAUUGACGAUUUCAGUUCUAGUUUCAACUAUAUUUGGCCAGUGGGCAGACUUAUAUUUACAAGAAAUCAAAAACAUAUUCCUGAAAUGUUUGUUUGAGAAAAUGUCGAAUCUCCCAACCUUAGAGAAUGACAAGAUGGGAGGAAAAAGUGAAUACUCAUGAUUGAGUAAAUCUGUAGAUGAUUUGAGUUGAUUACGGAAGAGUGUGGUUCAAAGACUGGAUUAUAAGUUGGUGUUCGCGUUGAACAUUGAUUUUUGUUGAGGAAGUGAGCGCCAGCGAUGCCAGAGGGAAGACUAGCGUUGGUGUUGUCACAGAGGGCCACAGAGAGUGACACAGCGUAGGAGCGCUCUCGUAGGGGGUCGUAUGGAGCCUCUACUGUCACUCGCCAACUACUCAGUGUUCGGCCUCAACUCGACUGUCUCCUCCAUCAACUUCAGCGACUUGGUGUCCAGGGAGUCGCUUGACUUCUCCACAGCAUCACCGACCCAAGUCUGGUUCCCCGGGCCCAGUUCGCCUUACAGCACAAUCGAAGCCGUCUUGAUCGGACUGGUGUUGAUGUGUGUGAUUGUGGUGACGAUAGUCGGUAAUAUUCUUGUGUGUGUGGCUGUGUGUCUGGUGAGGAAGCUGCGGCGACCGUGCAACUACCUUCUGGUGUCGCUGGCUGUGUCCGACUUGUGUGUGGCGAUCUUAGUCAUGCCGAUGGCGCUGCUCUAUGAGGUGUUGGGUCGCUGGAGUUUCGGUCCGAUCGUCUGCGACGUGUGGGUGUCGUUCGACGUGCUCUCUUGCACCGCGUCCAUCCUCAACCUCUGCAUGAUCAGUGUCGACCGUUACUACGCUAUCACAAAACCACUAGAAUACGGAGUGAAACGAACACCCAGACGCAUGAUCGCUUGCGUCUCCCUUGUCUGGCUGGGCGCAGCUUGCAUCAGCCUCCCACCCCUACUCAUCCUCGGCAACAAACACGGGGACAAAGGCAACGAGUGUCUAGUCUGCCAGGACUUUGGCUAUCAAAUCUACGCAACUUUAGGCUCGUUCUACAUCCCGUUGUCUGUGAUGAUUUUCGUGUAUUACAAGAUAUUCAGGGCGGCGAGGAAGAUAGUGCUGGAGGAGCGGAGGGCUCAGUCGCAUCUGGAGACCAGUCACUGUUACCUGGAGAUCAAUGCCCGCAACGGCAAUGGAUCACCCGAGGCGAAAAUCGCUUCGAACCCGUCGACUGGGAGUUCUCCAGCUGUAUCAACGCCGGCGACCGCUGGCAAGGCGCAUCAUCGCACCAGCACCACCAGUACAAACACUACGGAACCGCUAGAGUCACAUUACUUUUGUAGCGGCGGCGGCGGUAACCAGACAGGGCUGGCGGUUAGCAACUCGCGUUGCUUCGCGCCGCGGAAGAGCAACGAGUCGCAGUGUCCCAUGCUGGCAGCCACCACCAAGAAGCUGCGAGGGGCCGGACGGAGGCAGCGGCAGGGGGCGGGAAGACACCACGGGGCGGGAGGGGUAGGCGGUGGCGGUGGAGGCGGUGCAUCCGCGCACACUAAGAAAUUGAGGUUCCAGUUAGCGAAGGAGCGGAAAGCGUCAACGACACUGGGCAUCAUAAUGAGUGCGUUCACGAUUUGUUGGUUGCCGUUUUUUGUGUUAGCCCUAGUUCGUCCGUUUCUAGACGACCCUUCCGCGAUCCCCAACUCUUUGUCUAGUCUGUUUCUUUGGCUCGGCUACGCCAACUCGCUCCUCAACCCCGUCAUCUACGCCACCCUCAACCGCGACUUCCGGCGCCCCUUCCAGCAGAUCCUCUACUUCCGGUGCAGCUCGCUGAAUCACAUGAUGCGCGAGGAGUUCUACCAGUCGCAGUACGGUGACCCGGAGCACCAGCCUCAACUGCACAGUCCAGAUCGUGUUACGGAAGCGCACUUCGCCGACGACCUGACCGUGUCCGGACUCGGCUGCGACGUGAUCGCUGAUUGCACCGUGCCGGACAAGGGAUCGCGGUCCGGCGACGAGUCGUUUCCUAUGAUCGUCCGCCGUCGGUAAGUGAAUUCGCUUCUCGCCGAUUAUCACUCAAUAGACAUUCAUCUCAAGCUGUGUAAAUUAUUGGGAACUGGAUGUAUGUCAAUAGACAAUGAUUGACAUUCGUCUUUUACUGUGUAAAUUAUUGGGAUCCAGACGUAUGUCAAUCGGAAAUAAUCGACAGUCAUCUUAAGCUGUGUAAAUUAUUGGGAACUAUACGUUUAUCAAUAGACAAUAAUUUACAUUCAUCUUAUGCUGUGUAAAUUAUUGUGAACUAGAAUGUCCCUUCUAGACAAACUGUCUUCGAACAAACUUCCAACGAUGUAUUUGUGAAUUGUAGUGGAGAAGUUCCAAUUAAUUGAGAACUUUGAACUGAAUACAAUAGGGAGUGGAUAUUACAAGAUCUGUAAAUUGAUUAUCAUAGUCCCUUCCUCUACAAGAGUGAAUUUCCAAUAACUUGUGAAUUGAAAUGGAAAAAUUCUAUUCGCAACUAGAGCCCAAUCAAUGUGAAAAACUAGUGAUGCUAACAAUGUGAAAUCCAAAAAAUGUGAGAUGACUGAUGCUAGUCCAGAACUAAAAUACUGUGGUCAUAGUCUAAGUAAUUAUGAUGAUCUGGUGAUUCAAAUAAGAAAACCGAGUGAAGCUAACAAUGUGAGAUGAGUGAUGCUAGUCCAGAACUGAGGUACUGUGGUCAUAGUCUAAGUAAUUGUGAUCAUCUGGUGAUUUGAAUUAGAAAUGUAACACAUAAUAAAUGCAAUUAUUUUUAGAUAUGACUACAGAAUAGUAAUGAGCUUGCUUUGAGAAUGAAGCCCUGUAUUGUUGAACAUAAACUACUAGUCUUCUUCCGAUAUCAUGCAUUUGACAAUGCAUCACUCUUAUUCAACGAAUUUUUGGUGAUUGUGUUGCUGAAAUUGUUUCGACCUCCAUUCAGAAAACUGUCUUCUUUGAGUAAGCUAGUAAGAACUAUGGUGAUGCAAUCACGUAGGGUAUUGCUGAACUUACGGUAUCAACCCUCUUCAAAUAAAGCGUGUGGGAGAAUUUAUCAAUUACAAGCAACGACUGCUUAGUUCUUGUGUUACCAUUUUAAUGCAGCUUUCAGUCAAGAAAUGACUGAAGUGACGCGUAUCAAGUAAGAAAAAACUAUAAGAGAUACUACAAGAAAUUUCAGGAACUCUUCAACUGAAUGUAAAAGAUUAUCGUUUCAAUGUAAACUUUUGAUGAGUUUUCACUCAAUUAUCUGCUACGACUGCUUAGUAUUUGUGUUACCAUUAUUAUCCUACCAUUAAUUUAUUGAUGUUAUUGAUGUUAUGUAGAAUAGGAAGAAAAUCAGACUUUCAAGUUUCAUUUUAAUUUUGGAAAAUGAUUGUUCAUGACGGACCAUUCAUGGAUGAUCAAAAGAUGAAGAAUAUCUAUUUUCUCGAAUUUUUAUUCUCAAACUGAGGAAAAAAGAACUUGAGCUUAACAGAGCCUUGCCUACUGAAUUCAAUAGUAUGUUAUUUUUAGAAAAUUUCCAGAUUCCCUAUCAUUUGAGUCAGUUGAAAUAUUUCAUUUUUGUAAAAGUAAAAGCAAAAUUUUUUGAAAUUAAAAUUAAUCAAGCAUAAUUUUUAAAAUAUUCUAAAAAAGUAUCAAAACACUCUUGCACCACUUCCGACGUGAAAUCGUUUGAUGUAAAGUUUCCAAAAAGCAGGAGAAUAAAGCUGAAUGGAUAAAUUCAGUACAAAACAUCCACUUUGUGUCGGAGAGCAAUACUAUCUUUAUUUAUCAUCUGAGUCAGUUAAAAUAUGCCAAAAUUUCUGUAACAGCGAAUCAAGCGAAAUUUCCGAAGAAAUAUUCUAAAAAGUAUCCAAAUACUCUUUUGCUACUUCCAACGUGAGAUCGUUUGAUGUGAAGUUUCCAAAAAGCAAUAAAACUGAAUAGAUCAAUGGAUAAGUUCAGUACAAAACAUCCACUUUUUGUCGGAGAGCAAUGCUAUCUUUAGUUAGAUUGGAAAACAGAGUAUAAUAAAAGUAUUCAGUAUAAUAGCAUACUACUUAUUAAGGGAAAGAUUCCAAAUUCUAGUCAUCCAAGCUACUAAGAUUUAUUUCAGAAAACUUCAGUACUAAGAGUGAAUCUAACCAAGUUUUGAGAUCUCAGAACCAAGAUUAAAUUAAAUUGAAGAAAUUUACCAAAAUGUUGUAUUAUGUUAAUUUAGUCUGAAGUAAAUUUGAUGAUAUUUAUUCUAUCUGAAAAAUUCAAUUUGUUCUCAUGAAUCGUGAUGCUUCCGGAUAGAACUCCACAUUACUUCCAUUUAAAAUACCACUUCCACCAUAAAAACUAAAUCAACGUGAUUAUGUGAAAAACGUCUUUGGAUGAUUACUAGUUGAACUAUCGAAAUCAAAUAAUAAGCUACGAGUUAUGUACCGAACAAAUAUUAGAUACGCUUCAAGCAUCUUAAAAACAUACCAUGCUUAAAAACAAAUCAAUUCAUACUGAUGCUUGAAUGGCUGUUAUCUUUGAAAAGCAAUAAGUCAGUAACUAAGAUAUAAAUAUGUAAAUAUACAAAUAUCAAAAACUAUAACUAUGAAGACUUCUUAUAACUUUUUUCUUUCGAGAAAAUAAUGUAAAUAUUAUUAUAGACUGAUACAGUGUGUACGUUUAUUGAUAAUUUCUGAGCAAAAUAAAUUGAUUGGAGUUCCUAAUCAUUAUCAUCAUCUCAAAAACCUCCGUUACCGUUUUGGGUUCAAGUGAUGUCAAAAUACGUGGUCAAAUAAUUGAGGCUCUACGAUAAGUCUCUAUGUUAAGUCUCUAACUUAAUUUGAAUACACUAACUCUCUAGAACCCCACUUGAACUAUAAUCGAUAUACGUCUAAUAUAAUUUAAUAAUGCACAAAUACAGAAGGACUAUACUACAUACUCAUUCGUAAUAUCUGCUUGCAAAUGAGUCAAUCAGAUUAUGAAUAGGAUUUACAAUACUUCUAACACAAAGUUCAAUUAUUGCAGUAUUAUUCAGUUACAAUCCCAGUAAGAAUACAGUGACAAAGAAUAAACAUCUAUCAAGCAUUGCGAUAUUCUCAUUCGUUAAGUUAAGCCUUCCAGUCUACAAAAUAUUUUUUCAUUCCUGGCAAAUUACAAUUAGUUUGGCUUUGGAUUAUCGGGCAUAGCUCGCUGUAAAUUGAUUGAAGAGUAUUAUUUAUAGAGUAUUAUUGGAGAUUAUUAGAUAUGAGAGCUAUGUUUGAACAUGAUUCUAGAUACAAAGUAUAUUAUAUUUGACAGAAGUAUAUUUAAAUUUAACUGGAUGUAGGGAAACUUAGAAAAAUAUUGUGUAAGAUUAUAAGUUGAUGUAGUAUGGAUUGAGAUGAAAAAAUGUCUUCGUGAUUAAAUCCAUCCAUGCUGUUUGUGCUUCUUCAACAAUUUCAUAUUGAUUUCAUGAUAUUGAAAUACAAUGUAAAUUCCAAUCCCUAUCUUUUGAGCCAGGGGACAUGUUGAGAGCCAUUAUUCAUUCCACCAGAACUCCUACUGAAUUUAUUUCUAUUUUCCUCUCUUCCUCACUCUACCACGUUCUUACUCCCCCACACACUCUUCGUCUAUCUUCCAUGCAUUCGGUCUUAAAAGAAAAAGCGAAAGAGCAAUAUACUCUCGUGAAUAUUUUGAUAUGCCGCAGAUGACUUCAAAAUUUGUUCUGACAUUUUUUUAAAUGUCAGCUAUGCUCUCUCUUCCUUUCUCAAACACAGUAUUCCUCGUUGGAAUUUUUCUCCUACAUGGAAAACAGAUUUUAUUGGAUUUUUCAGCGUCGUCAUCCUUCAUACAUUCUCAACAGUACGCCCCAUAAGCAAGCAAUGAUUUAUUCCUGAUUUUAAUAAGUUCAUCACAUCAUUGUCAUGUCUACCACAAUUAUUUAUGAUUUUAUAUGAUUCUAUUCGAUGAUUAUAGCCCGAAUCUCAACCUACUAUGAAAUGUUCUACAAGGAUUAAAUUGAUAAUCUAGAAAUACAUCUGAGAGAUGUAGCUAUUAAUAUAUUGUCAAGAUUUUUCCAUUCAUCCAAUCUAUAAUACGUAGGCUAUAGUUAUGUUGGCUCAUUAUCGUUAUUUUCACUAACUAAACAAGCAAAUCAACUGAUCAACAUUAUUGAGAACUAUCCAAUGUAUUUUGUAUGAACUGGAGAGUUUCAUUGAACAAUCUGAAGAUGAAUCACGGUAUGUAAUAUGAUAUUUCUCAUAUCUACAUGAAGAUACACAACAGAAAAUAAUAUUAUCAAAUAAUAAUCUUCUCUUUUCUCUUGUCAGUUCUUGUAAAAUUCUAAUCUUCAAUACAUCUCCCUUUAAACCACCUGUGAUGUUUUUGAAACAAUAGUCACCUUCAGUAAAUGUCGUGAUCAUUAAUACAAAGUUUUUCCGUAAUCAUGGACGCCAACUACAUACUACUACAUAGGUACAUACUUCUAGUAGUAUCUGUUUGAUUUAAUCAGAACUAAACUCAGAAGCAAACUCAUAAUGAUGUGUCGGUAACGACUUCAUGGCCAUAAUUAUUUAUGGCUCUAAUGACUACUUGCAAUGAAAUUGAUAGCCCAUUACUGCCACCUAGCAUCACACCUCUUUUCAAACAUAUCGGUUUUUAAUUUGAAUCCCUACUCUGAAUUAUUAACAUCAUCCUGAUUGGAAAUUUGAUAGAUGGUUAAGGAGCUCCAACAAAACAACGCUUCAUAAAAAGGGCUCGUUGUUAGCAGAUUGGAGAGGGGAACUCGCUGCUCCCAGAGCAAUUAACUCUGGUCAUUAUCCCUGCUCCGUACUUGAGGGUUGUUUGAAUACACCAGCCAUUUUAGAUUGCUUAUCAGCAUCAUUGAGUAUGAAGUAUAAAGAGUAUAUUGACGGGUAUAUAAAUCUGAAGUAACUAGUACAGUAUAGAAACUUAGAUAGAAUAGUAUAGAACGGUCAUAUUGAAGAUAUACAGUUUAUAAAGAGGUUAGAUCAGACUUUCAAAUGUUCUACCAAAAAAGUUCUACUAUGGCUAACAAUAUGUUAUAAGUAACAGUGGUGUCUGGGCCUCUUCCUAUAAACCUUGGUAUGAAUCAGAUCAACACAAUGGUCUGAAUUAGUUAAUCUGCUGGUCUAUAGAUAAAAUAUAAGCCACAAUUAAUAUAUAAGUCAUAGAUAUAAGCCACAGAUUCUUAUCUGUGGUACUACCAACACCUCAAACAUUUAUUUCUCUAUUUAUCUAAUAAUACAAAAAAAACUUAUGAAAUAAUAUCGGAAGAGGAAAAGCAGGCGAACCCUUUAAUUUUCUUCUCCAGAAUUCAGAUUUGCAGUUUGAUAUGAGAUUAAGUCACCUAUGAUAUGAGUGAAUAUUGAACCUGCUUUAUAUUUGAGUUGAUACGCUCCUGCUAUAGUAAUUAACAGGAUAGGUUAAGCGGUGUUUAAGAAAUCACAUCAUGAACUCAUAAGUGAACGAGUAUUGUUCUCACAGUAUCAAUCAGUUAUUUCUCCUGAUCUCUAUAUUUUCUAUUACAUAUCUCUGAUUUCACUUUUUUAUCAAGAUACUCUGUAACCUAAUGUAUCUGACCUACACGAAUAGUAUAUCCUGUUCUACUUUUUUUCAACCCACUUUCUUACAGUUUCUUAUUUCUAAAACUUAGAAAUUCAGACAAGAGCUUGUUCGAAAACACAUUCUUCCUACUCAAAUUUUGUAACUCACGAUUAUGUUGCUCAGGAAAUCAUGAAACGAACAUACAUAAAACAUUCUCAGCAACAAUAUAUUAUUGUUAUCAAUGAAAAAUAUGUACAAAUAGAAUGUAUCUACUUCUUAUAGUUAUUAUCAUGUGAUUCAUGAGUAUUAAGUCUUCAACAAAACGUUAAAAGGUAAAAACUGUAAUUUGUAUAAAAUCUCCACUGCUGCAUAGCCUUAGUCAGACAGUGUUAUCUCUUCUUGCAAUUGAAAAUAUUUUGUAAGUUGAUUGAAAAUGUAUAGUGUGAGUGUAAGUUCAGGGUUUAGUGUGUUAUAAGUAAAUACUUUGAUCAAACUCGACCUAUGCCUCAGUCAAUUGUUUUAAUAAAAUUACAAUGUCAGAAUAUUUUUGAUAAAAACUAAAUGGUGCAGACAAUCUUCACGGUGGAUCGUUGUUCGAUGUGAUUUAAUUUGUCUUGAUUGUGAUGGAAUUUCAAUUUUUAUUAUGUAAAUGUGAUUUAUUCAUAAAGGCCUGACCAAUUGUAGAGUUAUUGAUAUAACAUACAGGUAAAUAACUAGUUACCAUAAAAAUAUUGGAACUUGGGAGUCCACGGUCCUAAAGGAGUGAGCUGUUAUUUUUCUCUGAUACUGCAUUUACGUGUAAGCCAUUAUUCUUGUUGUGAAGAUGAGUAUGAGAUGUUGAUGUUUGUGGAAUUGUAUUCAUGUUCUGUUUCAUGUAAGUAGGUUUGGAAAUGUUGUUUGUUGUUAACAGAAAAUCUAAGCGUAUUCAAGAGCACAAAAUGGUAUCGAAUUGUGUUUGUACAGAAGGAAUAAAAUGGAUAAUUUUCUAUGCUAUCUUAUACCUACUUCAAAAAUUCCUUGCAACUAUCCAAUUCCCAUUUUAAUUACCA